ACUUCUGGACUCAUUAUCUCCUUGUUUCUAAUGGCCAGUAAUGGUUGUAUAUUGGCUGUUUCAUUUCUACAAUUAGUUUUCUUUAUUGCCUUGGCAUCUGACCAGAAUCCUAUUCAAGAUUUUUGUGUAGCAGAUACUGGAAGUACAGUGUUACUAAAUGGACUAACCUGCAAAGAUCCAAAGCAAGUUGUAGCCGAUGACUUUUCCUUUGGGGGGCUUCACCUUGCAGCCAACACAUCAAAUGCACUGGGGUGUCAUGUGACUCCAGUUACUCCAUCAGAAAUGCCAGGACUCAACACCCUCGGCCUCUCGAUCGUUAGAAUAGACUAUGCACCACAAGGCAUCAACCCUCUGCACACGCACCCCCGAGCUUCUGAGAUAUUGAUCGUCUUGGAAGGCAGUCUAGAAGUCGGAUUCAUCACAUCAUUCCCUGAAAAUCGACAUAUAGGGAAAGUGUUGCAGAAGGGCGAUGCAUUUGUCUUCCCUGUUGGUCUAGUUCACUACCAGAGAAAUCCAGGUCCUACCAAUGCAGUCGCUAUUGCUGCUCUCAGUAGCCAAAAUCCAGGAGUUAUUAUAGUUGCAAAUGCAGUAUUUGGGUCUACUCCAAAUAUUUCCAGUGACGUUCUAGAGAAAUCUUUUCAAAUUAAUAAACAGGUUAUUGGUUACCUUCAAAAAUAUGCAAUGAAUUUCCCUUAAAAUACAUCACUUGCAGUUCAAGCGAAUCUCCUAUUUAGGCUUCCAUAAUAUUAGCAGAAUGUGAAAGUGGUUCAAAAUGUAACAGCUGAGGGUGUUUAAGAAAAAAUCAGGAGUGGGAUGAGAGGGUUAUUUUGUUUUUGUAGUUCGUGUUUUUUUUUUUUUUUUUUUUUUGUGCUUCCAUAAUAUUAGCAGAAAGAGGGACAUCAACACCUUCCUUUCUGUGAUUUUUUUGUAAUUUGUCAUUUCAACAAGGAGAAAAAGAUGCUCUCCACUUGACGAGAGCAUUUUUAAAUUCUUUGGCUUGAAAAGAACGCUAGGAUGUCUGACAAGUGACAAUAAAGAAAAAUAGACUGUCCUUUGUGGCCCUUUUCCAUUGUAAA